GAAAGAGAAAGAGAAGCUCCCUUUUUUUUUACGCUUAUUUGAUUAGGUUGGACUGCUUAUGUAAUGUAGGGAUGUUUUUUAUAUAACAAUGCCUUGAAAAUGUAUGUCACAGGAGCACCAGUGGCAAAUGCAGAGCAGAGCAUUUAUUAGUCACUGAUGCACACUCUGGCACAGACACAGAGGCGUGCACGCUCUCACUCUGUUGCUCCAGCACAGAUCUGCCUGCUCUGGCGAUGCUGAGGCUGACUGAGAAGGAUGCAGUUCUGCAGGAAGGUGCUGUGCAAGCCGUGUAGUGCUCGAGUCACUUCACCGGAGGAGGACAUGGAAUACAAGAUGGGGAGCUGCAUCGGAAUCUCACACCGACAGGGUAACGCUCAGGCCGAUGAUUUAACAAGGACAGACGACAGAGCGCCGCUGACUAAAAAGUCAGUCAGCCAGCAGAGUCUGCCGUCUGCACCGGUGCUCCCAGAAGUCCCAGUGAUCACCGGAGUGGAGGAAAGCCAAGGAGGAGCUGGAGACACAUCGGACAGAGAGGAGCUGGAGUUUCCUCAUGACCUGCUGCCCAGUUUAGACUUCGGCUCCGAGUUCAACAUCUGGGAGUCCUCGCUGGGAGCACAGACUGAUUCAGGUGGGAGAAAAUGUGAGCAGGUGAACCCCCUGCUGGACGGUCUGCAGCAUCACAGUGAAGCCAGACGACCACAGUUGGUUCUAGAAACAAGGCCUCAUGACAGCGACCCAGUUCUCACAGAUGUCCAGCCAUCACCUUGGCCCUCUGCCACACCCCACCCGGAUGUCGGACCCUUCACCCCACCCACAUCUGUGCUCCUAGACCAGGAACUCCAAAAGGCCUUACAGGAAUGUGAGGAGCAAAUGGCCUCCCUGGGGAGAGUUAAUCCCACAGAGGCCUCCAGCACCAAGUCUGAGAGAGUUCACGCUGAAGGGAAGAAAACCGGAGAAGUGAUGGUUAAUAGGUCCACUGAGUCAUCGUCGCUGCCUCCAGUCGUAGUCCAGCCGGGACGUAGCAACAAGAGCACAAACGGAAACAGUGAGGCAGCAAACAGGCACACAGAUACAGUUGUGUUUAGUUUCAGGAAUUAUAUUCUGGGAACUGAGAGUAGUGACGGGGCAGCUGGGACUGAGAGGGAAAUAAAAGCAACACAGAGCCUAGAUACAUGUUCAGGGAUUAAGACGGAAAAAGAAACAGAGAGAGAAGAGCAGAAGGAGACACCUACGCAUGCACAAGUAGAAAGAGCAGCAUUUAAAGGGACGCUAAAAGAUGACUCGUUUUCUGAGUGGAGGGCUGAUUUAAAAGAGAAAUGUGUUGAUUCAAAGGCAGCUGCAGAGGAAAAUGAUAGUUUUAAAGUGGUAGGGGAGAAAGACAGAGAGAUAAGAGAGAGGAAGACAGAAAGUCAGAGCGAUGAGGCUCAGAAAGAGGAACCUUGGAAGGAAGUUGAUUCACUUAAAGGUUCAUCAGAGAGAAGUAGUCUUUUAAAGGGUAGAGAUGCAUUAGCAGAGGUGCAGGAGGAGGAUGGAGCGUCAAAAACAGACAAAAUGAAUACACAGCAGGCCGAGCAGGACAAAAAGGCAAAAAAGAAAGAGAAAAGGAAGCAAAGGAAGAAGAAAAAAAUGUCAGAUCAGAGAGAAAUGCAGCCUGAAAGUGAUUUACAGGCACAAGCAGACACUGAAGCAGUGAUUUGUGGGCAACAGCCUGAUAAUGGAUUCGACUACAAGCAACAGCUGAGUCCUGAGGGGAAAGUCAGCUCCAGCCCUCCGCUUUCAUCCUCUCAUAGCAGGCAGGAUUGUGUUACCGACUCGGCCUGUUCUCCUGCGCCCAUGCCGGCUUUUUCACCGGGGGCUCAUCAGUCAGAUAACCACAAGCAUACAGACGCCCCAUGUGGCACGCAUCACUGUGCAGACAUUAGCCGGCAUGCAACCGGAGAUGUCACCAAUAACCAAAGCACAUGCACAACAAAUGUCCAAACUGCAGUUAUCAAUCCUGCUGCUGCUGAUAAGAGAUCAGUUACACAAACACAUGAGGCUAUAGUUACCUCAGAGGAGAGUCAGAGCCCACUCUCCCACAGCAGAACUUGUGUGGGAGAGAGCGGCGUGCAGAGUGCCCUUGAAGAGGCUUUAGUGGUGGUUGCUGCGUUGCCACUGACAACACCCACGAUGCCAGAAGUGGUAGAAAGCGAGGGAGAGAGAGAAAGCGUGAGGCGUGAUUCAGUGGAGAGAGUAGAAGGGAUAGAAAAGUGCCUCAGCCCGGCAGAUCCAGAAAAAGAAGGACCCCUGCACAGCCUCUCGUUAAUCUGUUCACAAGAAAAAUGCUCAAAAGAGAAACAGGCUGCAUGUGAGGAAAGCUGCAGCAGCAAAAUGCCACAAAACUCGACAGAGAGUGACAUGAAGGGACUGAAGGAGACGUUCAUUCGCAGUGCAGACACAGAAAUCUCACGAGCAGAAGAGGAGCCACUCCGCUCAGAAGCUUGCAUCAAUACCUCUCCCCUUGGGCUACUUACUCCUCGUGAUAGUCAGGAUCACAUUGCUGCAGGAGCAGAGGGAGAGGAAGGAGGGUUGGAUAAAGAGUACAGUUCAUUCAGCCAGCCAGGAGGCUCUGCUCGCGGGGUGUCAUCAGCUGAGACUGAGCUGUGUCCGCCCACCAAUGUUGCCGAGUCACAGCUGAAAUCACAGAGCUGGAGGGAGCCGGUUGCUACCAUCUCUGAAAGCAUCUGCACCGAACGGGACCGUCUCUCUGGCUCCUGGCAAGAGCGGUGUGUCGCAGCAAUUUCACCUCUCUCUACUCAGCCUGAACAAGUCUCCAGCAACUCAAACAGAGGGGAUAUAAAUGGACAAAAACAGGAUUUUGGUCUGGAAGAAGCACUUUCUUUAGGGCGUGAUAGCACCACAGAAACAGAGAGCCAAGUUUUUCCUUCACCGCAGCCUUCGACAUCUUUGACUGAGCAACAAGCGAGCAAAAAUCAACAGGUAGAACCGAAAAGUAGCAAAACAGAAGGUGCAAGGGAAGUUCACUCUCAGACAGAGAGCAACAGUGGCAGCCCCAGAGUGCAUGCAUGUGACAGCAGAGGACGCAACCUCAGGGUUCAUUUUGAGGACACGGUGAAGGAAGGGAGCAGCUCCUCUGUAGAUUUAAAAAACAUGGAUUAUGCCUUUUUGCCUCCAGUGAUGGUGCACGAGAGUUUGCACCAUCCUGUCGUUGAAGCCAGCUACACUUUCCCAGAAUUCCUCAGCUUGAAGACACAAGACUGUCAAUCAAAAGCAGCUCCUACCAAGGAUGAACCAGCAAAAUGGAGCAACAACGCCAACUUGGACGCUCAAAAGGAUCAAUCAGGUGACAAAAAGUUGGAGACGAACACUCUGGAGACCGAAACCGGCACAGAACAGAUUUCAUGUCCUGACAAGAAGAACCAGGCUGAUAAUAAAGAAUGCUUGGACCUUUCACAAGCAACAGGAGAUGCUAUUUCUGAGGCUGAUGGGCAAACAGUUGAACAUGCAAAAGUGACAAAGGGAAUAGAGGUGAGAACAGGAGGAGAUAAGUUACAGAACAAGUCUCAGGUAGAGUCAUCUUUAACUGGUGAUGCUGCUAAAGAAAAUGAAGGUAAGCAGCACCCUCUUGCCUCGUUGUCUGUGCUUCUGCCUGAAAAUGCUACAUGUGACGUUUCUAUUGAGCUACAUGUUGGGCAGCCUUCUUCAAAACUUGAAACUGUGACCUCUCUUCAAACGAAGCCUGAUAAACUCAGCUCCACAAAAUCAGAUCAAACGCCUCCUUCUAGACCUGUCACCACAGACCCAACCGGUGAAUUUAAAACAACGGAUGAAUCAGCGGCUUCAAUAGCAGCCUCUGACAAGUCAAUUCCUGCCAUCGAGCACUGUGCCAGUAAUCCUGCUUUUGUGCCGCGGCCUCCUUGCCCCAUGUUGAGUCACUGGGAGUUCAUUAGAGACGGUGAUAUCGCUCCUUCUGAGCAGACGGAGAGUGGCGCUGCCAGCAGUGAUGGCACCAAAGUCUCUGGAGAAAUUAACGAUGAUAGUGACGGAAAACAGAGACUGGAUAAUGUUAAAGAAGAUGAGAUUUGUGUGGAAAUGGAGGAUGGAAAUGAUGCUACAAAAUCUGCUGUGAAUCAUGUGAAUGUUUCAUGUUCAAAGGAGGAAAAUGCACCUCCUCUGAUUCAGCCUUCUGGUGCAGACUCCAUUGGCAAACCUGCGAUCUGUGAACCAUCCAUUAAUCAUGAGCUCAUUAACAUCAGCUGCCCACUCAGCCUUGGUACAAACGAUGGAAUUAAACAGAACAAAGAGAAACAAAACAUGGAUUAUCAGACCUCUAUGAUGUCUGAGAGGAAGGAGGAACAAGUUGAAAAGGAUAAUCGGAAGGAAACAGAAGACAGCAGCAAGAUGCAAACAGGAAACAAAGGCAUAACACAACAGAGUAAUGAGGCAGAUAAAGAGCCUGUAGAGGAUGCUGGUGACUUGCAGCCACCACAUAAACAUAAAACACAAAACGCUGAAUCACCAAUAAAGGAAGAUGGAGAUGGGAAGAGUGGCAAAGCAUCAAAAUGCCAGAUAGAGAUGUCUUCUUCAUCCUCUGACAGACCUGCAGGGUCAGCUGAAGACACUAAAACAGCUAAGAUAAAGCCCGAUCAGACUCAGUCACAGCCUGGACUAGAUCCAAGCUGUUUUCCCCAGCAGCAGCAGUGUCCAGCAUCUAAACAGGCCACAAAGGAGUUGUCAGAUGUCUGUUUACAGCAUGCAGAAAGGACUAAUAGUGAGGUCAGACUGGCGGAAGAAGACGUAGAAAAGGAAGGGUUUGUGGGGGGUUUGUGUCAGUCAGGGAGAAGGGAUGACUUGACAGAUGUUGACAGCAGCAGCAAUAAGCAAGUGAUGGAUUUAGGGAAAGGUGUAAGAGAGGAAGGGCAGACCGCAGCAGUGCUUGACAGGGUUUAUGUGCCGUCUCACCAUGGCAGUGAUUUAAAUGUGAGUGGAAGGGCUGCUGAGAAGAAUGAGCUAGGAAGUUCUCAACUAGGUGAGACCAAAAGCACUGAUGAUGAGCAGACUGUUUCUACAACAAGCAAUCUGAGCAGUAAAGGUCAGCAAAAAAGCACUUUUUCAUCCAUCUGUCAGACCUCAAAGAACACUGCCCUAUCUGUUGAGUCUUCAUCUCACAGACAUGAGACUUCACCUUUCCAAACUCCUGUUUUAUCAAAGGUCAGCGACAUUCACGCACAAGUUCCUUCAAGUGCAGACCAAAAACUGCCUCCAGAAACAGCAGAAAAACAUCAUACGGCUGAGCAAAACCAGAGCAGUGAAGCUAAAGAGUGUAAAAUUCAGGAUUCAAAGUGUGAACAUCUUGAGCUACAAAGCUUAGCAACACAAAGAAGCACAGUAGCAGAAGCAGCCAUAAAAGGCCCUGAUGUAGAGGAGAUUACAAAAGAGGAUAAAGAGGCUUUGGAAAGAGAGAAAGCAAGCAGCCAGGGGACGGAGCAAAGUGGGAUAAAGGCAAUAAACAAUGACGCAGCAAAGAAGGAGGAGGAAAGUAGUGGAUCAGUUAAAGAGUCAAAUGUGAGUGAAAGUGAGCUGACACAGAGCAGCAAUGCUAACACAGAGGGGAGAAAUCAUCCUUCUGACAACACAGAAAAAGACCGGUAUACAUCAAGUAAGAUUGAGGCUCCAUCUGAAGUUUCCUCAAAGUGCCUGGAUGAUUCUGACAUGACCCUUCUUGCAGAAAAACCACAUAAUGAGGUGUUAGUGCCCCAGGAAAAUAGUGUGGCAGACCCUGUUGUUACUGCUUCUGAGUGUGAAAGAUCGGCUGCCCCCGUUCCUCCUGGUGAUCUAGUGUCUGUGAACAAAGAGAGUCCGACUGCUGCUCAGGAGCCAGAGACAAACUGGAUCAGAGCUCUGAAAGAAGCUGCAUCCCGUUCUCAGAGUGAACAAGAGAACACAGAGAAGUCAAGACGCCUCCCAUCUUUGGAGUCCCCCCAGCAGGAGUUUCUCACCCCGACUGAGGAGAUCGAUGCUCCUCUGAAGCAGCCAGAGAGCCCACAGCUGGAAGAGAAGACAACAACAGAGAUCUCACCUCUGAAGAAGCCGGUGGAUCUUCCUGAACCUUUAAAGAAGACAACAGAGCUCCUGGAGCCAAGGCAGAGCACAAAAGUAGAGCUACAAGAAGAAACACUGAAGGUAACACCUCCAGAACAAAUUAAGGAGCCUCCAAAGGACCUUCAAGAGCAAAAUCUGAGCACAAAAGACACCUUCCUAGUUGAGACUAAGGCAGAGGAGCUCAGAGAACCAUUUGAGCAAGAAGAGCCUCAAGAAGAGUUUCCUCAACCAAUACAGAGCACAAAAGCAGAACUCCCAGACGACACAAAAACAGCAGAGUUUUCAGGUCCUAUCGAGAGUGAAGAUGAGCCUUCAGAGCAAACGCAGAGCACAAACGUAGAUCUCCAAGAGGAGAUAGAGAAAGAGCUCACAGAAGAACUCAAGAAGGAAGAGGAGCCUCAAGAAGAGCUCCAAGAACCAAGAAGGGAGCAGGUAGCUUCUUUGGAAACUUCACAGGAGACUUUUGAACCAACAAAAAGCACAGAAGAGUCACCAGAACCAACAAAGUAUGAAGAACCAGAACCAACACAGACCACAGCAGAGCAUCUAGAACCAGAACUACAAGAGGAGCCAGUGGUAAAACCAGCAGAGAUCCCACCUGAGGAGCCCACCUAUGAAGUACCAGCAGAGGAACCUACGGAGUUCGAAAACGUCCUGUAUCCUGCUGAGGAGCAACUAGACAGUGGGCCCUCCCUCGCUGAGCAGGCAGAGAGAGGUGACCGUGCCCCUGCAUCCCCUCCACCUCCCACCUCAGAGUCCAGCUUCCUGCCCGCUCUCCCGCCUCACCUUCAGGACACUGUUGAGUUCCCCACUCCUCCUCCCACUCCCCCUGAGAGGCACAACCUCGAGACUCUACCGACCCCACCUGCAUCACCCACCUUCCCUCCCCCUUCUCCUCCCCCUCCCCCAGCUCCUGCCUCCCCUCCUCUUCCCUCUGUUCACCGGUGUGAGGACAACCUCCCUACCUCUGCACCCUGCCACCCUCCUCUAAGGAGCUCAGAUUCUGAUGGAGCAUUUGAGACACCUGAAUCCACAACUCCAGUGAAGGCUGCUUCACCAACAGAGCCUCAAACCAGCCAACUACCAUCUCAUGACACAGCAGCAGACGACUCAGUCUCCAGUCCUGCCCCGGAUUUGACCUUAGCUGAUAGACCCUGCAAAUCCCCAUCUAUUGUGUUCGAUGAGGACAGGCCCAUCGCAGCCAGCGGCACCUACAACAUCGAACUUUUAACCUCAGAGUUUUCAAGUCAUAGUCUAACUCGUUCACAAAGCCUCCAGGGAGGAGAACUCGACAGUGUCGAUCUGACUGAAGGAUCAACAGCAGGAGGCUUUCGUCCACAUUCUGAAUCCUUCAGCGUGGGGAGUGAGAGCGCACCUGGGACCCUCCACAGGCCUAAGAAAGUCCGCCCUGGUUCACUGAAGAAGAAACCAUUCCUCAGACAGAACUCCAACCCAGAGAGUCCAAGGCCGGCCUCAUCAAGCAGCACCCCAGAGAGCAACAGGCGUGCAAAGCCAAGAACCAGCAGCCCUCUGCAGGCUCAGGAGGAAGCAGAGGAGGGAUCUGCAACUCCGAGUCCUGGGGGAACACUCAGAAAGACCAGGAAGAGCCGGGUAGUGACUCCUCCACCUCUGCCGGAGGAGACGAGUCAUAUUACCUCUGCCUUACCAUUGUGCAAAGAAGAGACCCCGAUUUCUGGAAGUCCACCAAACACAGAAGAAUCCCCUAUCCCUCCAGCUAGCUCCUACCAAUGGGAUCCAGAUAAUUUUGAGAAUAUCAACCCUUUCAAAACUGGAGGAAGUAAAAUUGCCAACUCCCCUGUUCUGGGCCGUAAAGAUUUUGUUCCUGCCCCUGUUUCAAACCUUCCAGAAAGUCCACCAUUCUCUGCCGUAGAGCCAAGUCCUCCAGCUCCUCCUAAAGAGCCGAUCACCAAUCCCGAAGAGCAACCCAUCCUGCCAAAACGUCAGCCGGUAAGGCUGGAGUUUGACUACUCUGAAGAGAGCAGCGAGGCAUCACACCAGGCCUCGCCCCCACCAAAGAAAGUGGGCAAGAAGCCGGGUGCCAAGAUGCCUCUGAGGAAACCAAAGCUGGGGCUGAAGAAGGCCCCUCCAGCGCAGACGGAGCAGUUGGACAACAACCCUCCAGAAUCUCAGAAUGGAAACGAGGAGAUCCCCAUUCAUAACAGCUCAUACAGCUUUGAAACCGACAAGUGGGAUGAUCCAAACUUCAAUCCUUUUACUUCUAAGAAAGGCAUCGGUAACUCGCCAAAACUACCCAGGCCAUCGUAUAACUUUGACCCAAAUAACUUUGACGACUCUAUAGACCCGUUCAAAUCCUCCAAUAAGAUGGGCAACUCUCCUCCAAAGGCCUCUGCCUCAUUUGAACUGUCAUCCAAUGACUUUGACAAUGAGAACGAAAAUGAUAACAUCGCAGAACUGGAGGACCAGAAUCAGAACAAACCAGCCAAGAAGAAGAAAACCCCGAUCAAAUCUAAUACUUUCAGAGUGAAGAGGUCGCCAAAGAAAUCUCCAUUGUCAGAAGUUUGCCAGGAUCCGCCACCCACAGAUGAAUCCUCGUCCCUGCACAUGCAGGACGACCACGCCACAGAUGAGGAGAAGCUGGCCUCUUCCACUGGUCACAAGUGGAACCUGCAUGACAUGGAGGCGGACUUGAACUCCGACCAGCAGGACUUCCCUCAGCCCAGUGACCUCACGUCCUUUGUGAAUGAGAGCAGUCUCCCUCAUGAGGCUCCAGCACAAGACUAUGAAAUUGAGUACAUGGAGAAGAUCGGCUCCUCUUCACCUCCACUAUCAGUGAAGAAGCCUUCUUUGUACCUGAAGCUUGACUCUGUGUCUGACAACUUAACAAAGAACUCACAUGAACAUGGAUCAGACACUGGAUCCCCCUGCACAGGGAGUUUUGAGGAGAUGGAGGCUCAGAUAUCGGCUGGAAUGAAGACACCGGUGUUGAGCCCCCGCCCUGGUCCUGAGGGAUCUGCUGGGGAUAAAGGCCGGAAGAGAGAGAGCGAGGUGCUCAGCCGAACACAGAGCACAGAGAGGGAUGAAGAGCCCCCUAGCCAGGGCCCUGUGGAGGCCCCUGCUCCAGCUACAGCCCCGGCCAUGCCCCAGUUAGACAGGCUGUCUGAGUGCGACGACCCCCUGCAGUACCUGGAGCCCGACCUGGCUGAGACCAACCCCACUGCAUUCGCCCAAAAACUACAGGAGGAGCUGGUGCUUGCUGCCCUGAGGAUAGAGGCACUGCAGGUAGCCAAAAGCAUCUCUCAGUGCCCCUCCCUCUCCAAUGUAACCCCCCAGUCUCGACUCAAGAAACCCAGCACUCGUCGGUGGAAUAUCAACGGUUCACCCUUACUGAAAGCAUUUUGUAAGGAUUUCCUGCAGCAUUUCUCUUCUGGACAGACCUCUGAGCAAAAGUCACUUCAGAAAAGUGACCUCGAACACAGAGACCUGACCUCACCCACAGAGAGCGGCGUGUCCAAGAACUCCUUGUAUGCUCGGACCACAAACUCCAGUUACAUCGAAGGGGAGAGCCCCCACCUACCCAAAGAGCUGGACCACUCACUGGAAAUCGCACGAGAGGAGAUCGUGUCAAAGGAGAAAGAAGUGCUGGAGUGGCAGAGGAAGUAUGAAGACAGCCGACAGGAGGUGGUGGAGAUGAGGAGAAUUGUUGCCGAGUAUGAGAAGACGAUUGCGCAGAUGAUAGGCAUGCCAGAGGAUGACCAGAAGGAAAAGUCUCUCUCCCAUCACACCAUCCAGCAGCUGAUCAUGGAGAAGGACCAGGCGCUUGCCGACCUCAACUCGGUGGAAAAGUCUCUGGCUGACCUCUUCAGACGUUAUGAGAAGAUGAAAGAUGUUCUGGAGGGCUACAGAAAGAAUGAAGAGGUGUUGAAGAAAUGCGCUCAGGAGUAUCUGUCCAGGGUCCGUAAGGAGGAACAGCGCUACCAAGCCCUGAAGAUCCACGCAGAAGAGAAACUAGACAAGGCGAAUUCAGAGAUUGCUCAGGUGCGAGCCAAAGCAAAGCAGGAGCAGGCUGCCUACCAGGCCAGCUUAAGGAAGGAGCAGAUGAAGGUGGACUCUUUGGAGCGCACUUUGGAGCAAAAGAACAAGGAGAUCGAGGAGCUGACGAAGAUCUGUGAUGAGCUUAUCGCCAAAAUGGGGAAGAGUUAGCGACAACGACGCUCCCAGGCCAAACCUCACUGAGAAACUGAGCAGUUUUGUUCAAAUAAAUCUUACAAAAUGAAGCAGAAUAAAACAAAGUUCUACUCACCACUCUUCCAAGGACUGGAUGGACUUUGAAAGACCAAGCGAUCUUUGGUUUGAUUUCCUACUGACUUUGUGUAAACAGGAUCCACAGGAUUGGCUUCCUCUUGUACAUUUUUGAUGUGUCAGUGUUCUGUACUGUAUUGGGGUCUGCUUUAAAGUUUUAGAAAAUGUAUCAUAUCACUUAUAAAUGUGUGAGUGUGAGUGAGUGAAUAAGUGAGAGCGUUGAUUGUGGGUUAAAUGAUGUAUAAUGAUUUUUGCCAUGACAGCCACUGAGGGAGAAGACUGUUUACCUGCUCCUGUUGUUGUUUCCUCCUAAAAUGAGAGAAAGAGACUUACAAACCAGUAACAACAACUUAGAUUCAGUCUAAAACUACAGUAUGGUACACCACAAAGAGAACACAAACUAUCACAAUAACUUACUGCAUGUAAGAGAGAAAGAACAACCUGUAAUGUUCAUGUUUGUAUAUAGUGUACUGUAGCAGAUUCCACAUAUGAAAAUGACUCCUCUGCAUCAUUUUUUAAGGUUAUUCUUGUCACCCUCCACCUGCUCCUCUUCAUGUAACCUUGUAGAUAAUUGUCAUACUUCUCAUAGCUUUCUCGAUGAAAUUGUGGGACUUAUAUUUUGGAUUUUAUUUUGAUAAAAAGCGAACUAAUCGUGAGUGUAUUCCGUUGUGACCAGGAGUUAUUUAAUUUUGGAUGUACUAGUCCUGCUAUGGUCGUUGUGUCACACUGAGGAAUAAUGUCCCUGCACAGCUCCUGUACAGCAUCUGCUUACAAAGUGCAAUAAAAGAUGGCAAUACA